CGCGGCUGGACACUCCAAGAGCUCAUCGCCCCCGACAACAUCGACUUUUACGACAAGAGCUGGCACCUCAUCGGCUCCAAACUGGACGAGUCACUCGGUCCCGCGCUGGCAACCGUCACGGGAAUCAGCCUCGACAUCCUAAACAAGACCAUCCCCCUAGAAUCGUCAAGCGUCGCCGAGCGCAUGCACUGGGCCUCGUCGAGAGUCACGACCCGGAAGGAGGACCUGGCCUACAGCCUGAUGGGCAUCUUUGGCGUCAACAUGCCGCUGCUAUACGGCGAGGGGAUGAAGGCCUUUGCGCGGCUGCAGGAGGCUAUCUUGCAGGACACAGGGGAUCAUUCCAUUUUUGCGUGGCACAGCAACUACGAGACGUCUACGCAGGAGGCCGCGUUUGACCAGCAUAUUCUCAGCGGCCUGCUUGCUCCGUCGCCGGUUGAGUUUUCGCAGUUUCAGUACCUUCGCCCGUUGCCGGCGUUUGGGACGACGGGGCAGCAGCCGAUUCAGCUUACGAAUCAGGGGGUUAGGAUAUCCAUGUACCUUGAGCCUGUGGACGAUACCCAAGGUGGUGAUGGUAGCGCGGCGGAUGACUUUUAUGCUGUGCUGGACUGUGCUAUUCAGGGCGAGAACGGAGAUCAGUGCCCGCGGAUUAUGCUGAGGAAGUUAUCGGGGAACCAAUACGCCCGGGUCCGGACGGGGAGUGUGUGCACGGUCAUCCCGGCGCCGGAUUCGACGAGGCCAGGGCGGGGAAGCUACAAGACUGUUUUCGUGAAGCGGAACCCGGUGUAUGUUCUCCCCGAUAUUUCGGUCCUCAAGGCGGGUUGGAAGGUGGGUGGGGUUCGGGAGGCGUAUCAGGUUGUCGAUUCGUAUCCUACGGGACCGUGGGUGUCGAGCCUGGGGAUUAUAAGGACGGGGAAUCCCUAUUUCGAGCCGGUGCUUGCUGGGUUGCGGUUUGAGUCGCCGACGAACGCGCGAAUACAGGUUGAUGUUGCGGUUGGAUGGAGGAGGGUUGAUGGGGAGUGGAGGUUAUGGUGUCAUGCUUGUGAGACGCAGGUUGAUUUGGGGGUUGAUGUGCUGUGGAGGGAUACCCAGUUUGUUGUCUCUGGUGGGUUGGAUCAAUUCGUAGAAACGGAUAUGGAGGUGAGGGUCAAGGUUGGGGAAAAUGUUAAACAGAGUUGGAGGAGUCGGGGGGUUCCUCAGGUAAAGAGGCAUGAGGUUCCUGUGCGUGUGAGGUUGAUCGAGGUUGAUAGGCUUGGGAGGAAGGGGGUGAGGAUUGAGUGUUGUGCGGCGUUGCAGCCGCAUGUUCCUGGGUAUCAGAAGCCGGGACUCUUGCCGUGGGAUGAAUAUGAUUGACUGAUGAUGGACUCUGUAUGCGUGAUCGUGAUACUGUAAUGAGAUGUCGAGGUUCAAGCAUGGUAAUAGUUUGCGGAC